UCUCAGACAAACACCGGCCAGCUGCACUGUCCAAAAAGUCGUGAACGAGGCUGCAAAAGCAUAGAAAAAAAACCCAAAAUAUCCAAGUAGAACAGGUUGUACGAUGCUGUUUGGCCAUUGCGGCGUAUGAGUGAUAUUGUGGUGUAGGCGUAUGAGUGAUGCUCAGACUGAAGUAAAUACUUAUUCCUGGGAAAAUCUCCUUCUCUUCUUUCGAUACUUCUAUACAUUCAGCGCUCGUUCGGUUCAUUCGUCGGUCGUUUUUCGCAGCGCGUGUGUUUAAUUAUAUAGCCGCUUGCAGAGGAUUAAGCCACUGGCAAUAAUAACAACGAGACCUGCAAAUUAAAUUAAUUUCGUGCAAUCUGCAUGUUGGUCACAAUUUUGUUUUCCCCUUGAAUUAGUGUGAAACGAUAGAGACAAGAAUAAAUACUCUCAGUAGGUCAACGAUAUGCCGACGAAACUAAAUUUAAAAUAAGUUGAUUCGGAAGUCGACUGCCGUUCAAUCAUCAACCAGCCACAUUGUGGAGGCCCCCAUGCAGGAAAAGCUGGGAGGGAAUCGAAGUCAUAUAAAAUACAUAGCAGCAAAGUGGAAAAAUUGUGAAAAACAGGAAAUGAAUAUGCAAAAAAGGCAGAAGGGAUAUGAAAAAUGCAAAUAGCCAAAUCGAGUUCAAUGAGAAAUGCAGCUAACCCGAACGUAUUUACACAGUUUCCCAUUCAGGUAGUUCAGGGCACACAGGUCCGAAUACAAAUGCGACUCACUGUGCAGAUUGCUAAUUGUGGCUGACUGGUAAACCGAAGAAAGCAGGAGCACGGAAUGAAAAAUGCAUUAAAUGCAACCGCAAAAUAGAGCAAAAAGUAAAACCAAUCAAGCGACGAAAAAAAAAGGAAAUUGCACAUACUGAGCGCAAAGCAGAGCAAAACAAAAGGAUGACAAAACCAGUUAGCGAAUGUAAAAAUUGAUUUCUGCGGUCUGGAUAGCGGAUAUUGCCCAUAUAUGAACGUGAACCGUUUGCGAAGGACAGCGCGACAUUAAACAUUAUUUGAUUCAUAAAUAAACAAUAAUAUUUGCGGGCAAAAGGGAAAACAAAAUGCAAAAGCCAGCGCUCAAACUCCGAAGACUCUUCAUCAUUACCGCUGUUUACAUAGCCAGCCUGCCAGGUCUCACUGUGGGGCUGCGCAAUGUCAACGUUCGCAUCCCGUCCGCCGUUAAGCGGGGCGAUAAUGCGCUCUUAAUCUGCAAUUAUGACAUCGAGAACGACACGCUCUACACGGUGAAGUGGUACCGCGGCAGACGGGAGUUCUAUCGCUACACGCCAAAGGAGAAUCCGGCCUGGAAGAUAUUCACCAAAACGAACGAAAUCGAUGUCGAGACUACCCAAUCGAAUGCCAGCCAUGUUCUGCUGCGAAAUGUUCCCACCUCAAUAUCGGGCAAGUUUGCCUGCGAAGUGUCCGCGGAUGCACCCACCUUCGAUACUUCCAUCGUGGCUGCCGACAUGGAGGUGGUUGAAUUGCCCACUCAACGACCCAUAAUUACGGGCAUCCAUUCGAGAUAUCGCCUGGGCGACGUUGUGAAUGGCAACUGCUCAUCGGAUUACUCCAAGCCGGCGGCGAAUCUCACCUGGUGGAUCAACGACAUCCAGGUGCCUCCGAAUUAUCUCCGCAUCUACGACAUUCAGCGGCAUUUGGCCGAGCACCUGGAGUCGGCAGUUUUGGAGAUCAACUUCGUGGUCACCGUACAUCACUUCAACAAGAGUCGCUUGAAGUUGAAGUGUUCGGCUCGAAUACACAAAAUCUAUGCCCAAGAGAGCGAAAAAAUGAUCGAGGAGGAUCGGCCCAGGUUUCUGGCUUCAGGAAGAUCGCCCGAAAUGAAUAUGUAUCCCUUCGAUCAGCCCGGUGAUGUGGAUGAGCAUAACGAAUUGUAUUUGAUUCAUUCAAAUACCGCUGCCGGACUAUUCGCCUGGAAUCCCACUCUGUUUCUGCUCCUGCUCCUGUGGCCAAGUGCUUGGGCUUUGUGCGUUUGGGAGAACCGACUGGGGAACCUGUUGGAGGACCGACUUUUGGACAGGGCGGAGCGGUGAUAAGCUGGCCGAUGGCAGGAGAGAUGGACUUUAGGCGGGACUUGAGACAGAAGAGAACCCCUGCAAAUUAUGGAACCCAUAUUUAGCGAAUCGAAUAGCAAAUCAACAGUGAAUGAGGUCCUCAGCAUACCGAAUAUACCUACUCAUAUAUACCUAUACCUAUGUUAAGUACGUAACUGUAAAGACAAGUGCAUUUCCAAUUACCCGUCGUACUCCUCUAUUCCCAAGUCAAAUGUAAAUAGGCAUCGCAUACUCACCAGGCAUACACACAUAUACCUACUCUCUAAGCAGGAUUCUAAAUGUUUGCUUUCGUUGGGUUUUUGUCGAGGAUUUAUUGUUAAGAUUGUGGUUUCUAGGCAGAUUCAUUGUUCUGUUCUUCUGUGUCUGUUUGAAAAACUGUACAACUAAAAUGUUUAGCUAUAGCGAUAACUCUAGUGUGACCCUAAGUUGAACGUGUGCGUAAGAAACAUUGAUGGAAGCCAAAUAAAGAUGGUUUUAUUUGAUCACUUA